AUGGCCGCCCUUCGUGGAGGGGAACAAGUCUAUGCAACGCUUCUGUUGAACGACACAUACCUUCCAGGCGCAUUAGUCCUCGCUCAUUCUCUGCGUGAUGCUGGCACUUCGAAGCAGCUGGUGGUCCUUGUCACCCUCGAUACCGUCUCCGCUGAGGUUAUCACCGAACUCAAGGCCGUUUACGACCAUGUCAUUCCCGUCCCCAGAAUACGCAACGACCGACCCGCUAAUCUCUAUCUCAUGAACCGACCUGACCUGCACUCUGCGUUCACAAAGGUCAACCUCUGGCGACAAACCCAGUUCUCCAAGAUUGUCUACAUUGACGCCGAUGUCGUCGCUUACCGAGCUCCCGACGAGCUGUUCGACAUUGCCGCGCCCUUUUCCGCGGCCCCUGACAUUGGCUGGCCUGACCUCUUCAACACCGGUGUCAUGGUCCUCAGCCCAAACAUGGGCGAUUACUACGCCCUGAUGGCCAUGGCCGAGCGAGGUAUCUCGUUCGAUGGUGCUGACCAAGGUCUACUGAACAUGCACUUCAAGAACACGUACAACCGCAUCAGCUUCACCUACAACGUCACCCCGUCAGCGCACUACCAAUACAUCCCUGCGUACCGCCACUUCCAAUCGAGCAUAAACAUGGUGCACUUCAUCGGGCCCGAAAAGCCUUGGUUCAAGGGAAGGCAGCCUAGUCAGAGCGAUUCGCCUUUCGAAGACAUGGUCGGCAGAUGGUGGGCUGUCUACGAUAGGCAUUACAGAGCUACAGUGGGUCACAAAGAGCUUCAACAGAGCAAAGGCUCACGUCUGGAUCAGGAAACGAGAUCUGCUCCUCCCUCGCAAUCCCACGACGCGUACCAGCAACACGAACACAAAGCUCCGGAGAUUGUGCAAUACUUUACUAAGGGGGAAUUCCAGCCGCAGCCACAGGCUCCUCAUUUAGCAUCAACCGGGCAUGAGGCUCAUGGCCCUCCGAACCAUGAUGUCCAUGGCCAGUCCCUCGAGCCGCACGCGCAGCAUGAAACGCCGCCCCGUAACCCCGGUCAAGGACCUCAGCCUGAGAUCGCGUAUCAAGCUGGCCCCUCGUCAUGUUCCCCUCUCAGCGAGUCCUUUAGUGCUUCUGCUGGAACGCAAACUGAGGCUAGACCAGAGCAGGUUUCAGCGCACCACGAACGGGGCCCUACACCACCAUCCGCGGAGCCGCGGCGAGAGCCAAGCCCUCCCCCCGCGCCAACAUGGGAUGCUCAAAGACAACCGCCCCCGGCAGACUCGAGACCAGAGGCACUCAACUUUCCCUUACAAGUGUACGAGAUGUCCCAAGAUCCCGCUCCGUUUGUGCCUCCCGAGCGAUACCCGAGCCCGCCACGAAACAUGUGGUAUGAGGUGCCCAAAGAGAAGCCUUCGCAGAAACCUCGGGCAAUCUUUCCCUGGGAGGCGAACCAACCCAAGCCGACCAGAAUUUUCAUCGCGGACCCCGAGCCGACGACUGAGGAGCCAUCGAGCACACCGACUGGAUCAUCGACAACUGGUCAAAAGAGCGAGCCCAGCACCCCAUCCACCCCUACCAUCAAGGUUGCCCCUUCAGACCCUUGGACCGCCUUCACACGUACGAAUGCUUGGGACGAAGUGCCCGAGAUUGAGCGCUACGUCGAGGGCCUUCAGAAGCAUCGUCGUGGGAAGAGCCAAGGCUCGGUGGGAAUCCCUGGUGGGAAGGCGGCAAAGGAGCACGGGCUCAAGCUCACCGACUUCCCUAGCGUAGUCGAUAGACCUAGUCUUCCAGUCACUCCCGCGCCUAUUCGUCGGCCGAAGUUCUGGGGCGGCGGUGGCCCUGGAACCGGCGAAGGCGAAGACGAGGAGGAUCUGCCGGUCGCUCAAGGUGUGCCGCCGCAGUCGGACUGGGAUCCUGUGGCUCAGCUUCAGAAACUGGCUAAGCAGCAGUCGGAGGCUUUAUUGAAGAAGCUUGGCGGUGAGGGAGGUCCUGAGGGUUCAUCUGGAGGGGUGGUGCUCAGCCCGCAGCCGGUAAAAGGCGGCGUAGCCUUGAGCAUAGUGCGCAAUCUUGGUGGUGAGCAGGAUCACUCGACAGCGCCCCGGUCUUCCGGCACCGCGCCGUCGGCCAUCCCGGAGCCGUCCUACCAGGGCCCGGGCGCCGCAUGGGAAAAGGGUGAAGACGUGCCGUUGAGGGAGACGCCCGCGUUGCCCACGGAAGAGGAGCGUGAUGUGCUCGACACCUAG